GGCUCUACCCGAACUAAAUGCGCCCCGCAUUCACAAACUCCCCCUCUCUUCCACCCACGCCAUAUCAUCCUGAAAGCUUUCUACCCCGAGCUCGAGAAAGUCGAAAAGAGGGACCCAGCCACGGCAGAAUUCAGCCCAGCGACCCCGCACCGCACGAAAAGGAGAUCCAGUCUUCAAAGGACGCCAAAAACUCAUCCAGGUGCAAUCUCGGGAAGAACGUUCUACAGCCAGCACCAAACGGCCCGAACAAGUUUCUUUUUAUUUAAAGAAAAUCUCCCUAGGCUUCUUUAGACCUAUUGGAGUUAUUACAUUUUCAUCUUACAGCUGAUAGUAAUACUAUAUAAUAAUUAAAGCAUGUAACAAUUACAAGUAAACCUUGCGUGUACUCCUUAGACGUCACAAUUAAACCUAAUUCUAUAGAAACAUAUCAUUGGAAACAAAAAACUUAUUUAUUACCCUAAGGGCUGACCCGAAGAAGCCCCGGUGGUGCCAUCUCCACGCCGGCAAGAAAGUUCUCACCAGAAGGAACGUCGCCGAUCGUCUCCCUCGAUCGACUUCGAUCCCCCCAGCCAAUCACCCGUCAACCUAGAGUCUAGGUCCUAGACCCACCAGCCAAUUAAAUCCCUGACCCGAACUUACGACCCAAUCCCUGAACCGUACCCUCUCCCCAAAACCCUCGUGUGUGAAGCUGGCCGUCGCGACGACGGCGACGAUCAUUACCAUUUUUGUAUUGAGAGGGCAUACAGAGCGAGGGUAUCAAAAGCGUUGAGUGUGCGUGUACUUACAGGAGCGAUCGUCGACGAUCGAUUGACAUCAGCAAUGUCCGACUAUCAAAAGAAGAAACUAACUCCAUCGGUAACUGAGAUGGAAUUCGACAGAGACAGGACUGGACCCGGCGUUUUACCGCCAUCGUCGCCAGAAAGCGAUAGUUCCCGAUUCCGCGAAGGCUCCGAAGAAGCCUCCUCCCUGAGAAGGCUCCUUUCUAGAGAGCGCGACCGAGCCUUGCCCGAGUUCGUUUGAGGAGACUGAAAAAGACGAGGUCAGACCUACCUCCCCGAUGUCAGCAUCUGUCUCCUUUUCUUCCAAAUUCCAACCUCCAAGUAUUCAUAUAGAGCCAGACUCCGCCCGACCACAAUCCCGUUCCCAACUGCCUUCUUCUCCUGAUUCACAUCUCCACCAAUUAACUCUCCUAUUCCAAGACCUCACCUAUGGUCUUGAAGAAUUAGGCCCUAUUGAGAAACAGGUUGCCCACAUAUUAAAUAGAGGGCUUUCUCAUCCAAACUUCAUAAUGAAAGACUUCUGGAAUAGCUAUCGAGUUGAAAUUAAUACCUGGAUCACAUCAAGGAAACAAGAAAUUCUAAUGUGUUUUAAGGAAAGUGUGGAGAUGGGCCCCCACGCCGUCAGAGCAUACAUAGAGGGCGUUGUAAUAGGGAAGAAGAUGGCCGAGUCGAAUCCAGCCAAUUAUCUUCUGUUUGACUUAUAUAAAAAAGCUACGGAUAUGGCUAUUCAGGACGAGAUUUAUCAGAAGCAAAGUGAUAAGUCGGCACGUGAGAUGAAGAACGCCAUAGAACACGUAAAUUCAACAGUAAGGGAUCUUCAAAGGGUAGUGUCAACAAUGGUCAGAUCAGAAUCUAUCCAACCUCCGCCUUCGCCACAAAUUCUAUAUCAGGCACCUUCCCGAGAGUCUAGUUCCGAACCCCAGGUUGGAGGUCCUGACACAUCAGAUUCUUCGUACAGAGCAAAGCGAAGAAUAAAACGCAUGUUCACUAAGAGGUUAGAAGGAAAUGGAGCAUAUGAGAAUGAAAAGCUGUAUAUUAAGAUAGUAAAACAACGGGUUUGCUCUUUGGACAUUAGGGAUGAAAAACUUCAUCCGCGUUCUGAUUGGCAAACACAUGGAGUCAGCGAGAUAUUUUUUGAACCUGGACCUCUCUGCUCUUUCUCACUCGUGUGCUUCAAAUCCAUCAUGAGUUUCUGAUCUUCUCCUGGACCCCAGCGUGACCAAUAGAAACAGAGCUGGAAAGGCAAUUCGCGACAUUCCAGAAAGACCCUUCCAGUGGUCUCCGAGUCAUCCUCCGAGUCAUCCUCCGAUAAUGAUACAACUUAAGGUUUCGCUUUUCGAAACAAGACAAGUGGUUCAUAUUUGCCACCUUCUUCCCUAGUAUUCCUAUAAAAUAUAAUCAUUAAUUCCCCCUUGCCUCACCUUCUUAUCUUGACCCUAAUACCUCUAUAGUAGUCGAUCGAUAAUUCCCUUAAAGCAAGGGGACCGUCCUAUCACAAUCCACACCUUUUUUCUACAUUUUUAUAAUAAAAGUAUGAGUAGAUGAAAAGACAAACUUGAAAAGGGGUGGAAAGACAUAUAAUAACUGGAUAUAAAAAUAGAAUAUAAAAACCAUUUAAAAGAUCUGCAGACAACAAUAAAAAAUAAUUUUUCUUUUUUUAGUAAUUUUACCGAAUGGUCUUAAGUUAAAAUGUAUGUUGUCCGUUUCACAAUAAGUUAUUUAUAUUUUGAUUUAUAGAUUUUGUUUUAUGACAUAAAUUUUUUAUUAUUUUGCCAUGAAUUUAUCUUAUGUAUUUUCCAUAUUGUAAAGUAAAUAAAAAGUAGAGCACUGUCGUUACAAGAAGAAUGUGUAUUACAAUAUAAGUGUGGCAUUUCACAAAAAUGAUUCUAUAAAUGUAAUUAUUGCAUCCAUCUAUUGUAUUUUUCACGAGAGAGUACGAGAGUUUCGCGCAGUUCGACUGACAUCGGGGACUGAUACACUCCGAUUUUGAUGAAACUUUGCAUAAAUAUUUAUUA